AUGCCUUUAAAUGAAUUGAUUAAUAAUAAAGCAGAUUGUGUUACUGAUAAAGUAGACGAUGGUGUUGACGAUGGAACUGUAGAUAAUUCUGUCGAUAAUACUGUUGAAAAUUCUGUCGAUGGUGUUGGUGAUGAUCCUGUUUCUUCGGAUUUGUUGGCGGAUCAGUCUUUGGAUUUGCCGGCGGAUCAGUCUUCGGAUUUGCCGGCGGAUCAGUCUUCGGAUUUGCCGGCGGAUCAGUCUUUGGAUUUGUUGGCGGAUCAGUCUUCGGAUUUGUCGGCGGAUCAGUCUUCGGAUUUGUUGGCGUAUCAGUCUUCGGAUUUGUCGGCUGAUCAGUCUUCGGAUUUGUCGGCGGAUCAGUCUUCGGAUUUGGAUUCGCAAGUG